AUGGAGCGCACGGUGGCCAGCGCCGAGACGCACCUCGGGCGCUUCUGCACGCUGCUGGCCGCCUACACGCGCAGGACGGCCCGGCUGCGGGACAAGGCGGACCAGCUGGUCAGGCGGCUCGUGGACUUCGCCGACUCGGAGGGCCCCGGGCUGCGGGCCACCCUGAGGGACUUCGCCGAGGACCUGGCCAAGGUGCAGGACUACCGGCAGAGCUCCGGGCGGGACCAUCCAGGAGGGUCUGAGGGCGGACCCACCCUGACCGCGCCCCUCCAACUCUUGGCCCGGGGCCAGGCGGAGACCAGCGUGCACAGGGCCGCGGUGGACGCCAGCCACACCAGCCAGCAGCUGGAAGAGACGGUGGCCGCCUUCCAGAGGCAGAAGCUGAAGGACCUGCAGGAUAUCUUUGCGGAUUUUGUCACGGUUGAGAUGCUCUUCCACGCCAAGGCCCUGGAGGUGUAUUCCAGAGCCUUCCAGACGCUGGCGAGCUACGACCUGGAGAGAGACCAGCAGGAUUUCGAAGCCACGAUGCGGGGAGUUUCCGGGCGUCGCGACACCGGGCCGCUGGCUGACAGCAGCCCCUCUCCGCCUGUCCCUUGGGCUCGCGCCCGCCGGGAGUCACGGGUGCCUGUCCUGCACGUGUCCUACAAGGCCCGCUGCCACCCACGCGUGGGUUUCGGCAGGGCCCUUUGCACAUCCGACCACGUGGGGCGCGACCUCGUGCCGAUCCGGGCGGGCUUGUCCCAGCGGAGGGGCCAUGGGGGGCGUGUGCGAGGGGACAGCCGCCCCCGGAGC